AUGGAAGCGCAACGGAAGGCGUUGCAGCGAGGGGAGGCCCCCAGGAUGGAGGGCGUGCAGCACAGCAGCCUCACUACUGAUGUGCUGGAGGACUGCGUGGGGCCCCGAUGGGACGAGAAGCGGCAUGUUCGUCUAGACUUCUCUUCUCCUUUGUUUUGUCUAGAGACGCUUACGGGUAGAGAUGGGGGCCUGUUGAACCCGCGGCUGAACCUCAGCAACUUGUUGACGCUCGACAUCUCUAACAACGCCUUGACAGACAUCGACUCUGUGCUGUCUGUACACAAUGGAUUCAAGCGUCUGCACACCCUCAAAGCCUCUCGCAACCGAAUCACACAAGCGGAUCUCGACCUUCCUACUCUUGCAUAUCUGGACUUGUCGUUUAAUCAACUCAAACGCCUCCCCAGAUUCGAAGGCAUCCGCAAUACUGAGGAACUCCUCCUCUCCAACAACCACAUCAGCGAUUCGGACUUGGAGAGUUUCGUGCUGCUGGGGAAUUUGCGUGUGUUGGAUUUGUCUUACAACCGGAUCAGCACUCUCCCCUCCAACUUCGUAGAGGACCUAGCCUACCUCAAGGGACUCACCAAGCUUACGAAAGUUGACUUUCGAGGUAAUCAAUGCAGCGCGUGGUUCCCGGAGUACGCGGCGGUUUUGGUGGGGAAUGCGGUGGCCAGGGGGCAGCAUCUUCAGCAACUCGACGGGGAGGCGAUCGCCCCGCGUUCAGAAAAAGAAAUAACGGAAAUGGCAGCUCAAGUGAUCGCCAACUUGGAACAGUACGAUUCCAUCUACAUUGAGCGUCAAGAGGCAGAAGCCACUCGCCCCCGCCUGGCCAAAUACGCCAUUAAGACAGCUCUGGCGGGCGAUGAUGGAGAUGUUACUAUUGGACGCCUGUCGGAGAUCUUAGAGAGAGUGCAUGCGAUGGAAGAGGAAGAGCGAAUUUCGACGUUCUGGCGACAGCUCCCUGCUUCAGACAAGGCCAGGAGAAACGCGGCUAAAGAGUUGGUGCAGAAAGCUCAGCUCGCCUUGGAGGUGUGCGAGGAGGCCCGACCCCUGAUCUUGAGAGGCCUGGCGAGUCUAUGCCUUGUGUCUGAGGGGUCUCUGGGUCACAAGUUGGCUGCGGUGUUGUCUCGAAUGGCGCAGCAAGAGUUUGCUGCUCAGAGUGAAGGAGACGUUGGGGGUAUUGCAGCGCAAGUCUUAGCGGAGAUCGUUGUGCCUUCUAUCCUUGAGGCUGCAGAUCAGGAGCGAGUAGUGAUGGAUGUGCUGACGGGCCUCACAGAAGGCACCGAGUGUCUCUCUUUGGCUGUUGCUCUCAGCAGCUGCGUCUCCCUCUUAGCAGACCUCCUUACUGUAUCAGGCCCUACACCGCACCUCUGUCGCGUGCUGUGCGUCAUUUGUCUUUCACAAGAAAAUUGUGUGGAGGCAACCGGCCAAGGCAUUCCUCAGCUGCUGUGCCGUCGCGUGCUGGACGAGGGAGUGCCUGAGGAUGACCAGGGCCUCAUGUUGUUUUGUGAUAUGUGCAUCAUCAUGGGGCGUUGUGCCUGGCACAAUCGAAAGGCUUCACUGCAUUUGACUCGGGCUGCAAUUCACACUUCGAUUUUUUUGCCUAAGUUGAGGGACCUCAUUGGAGAGAGAGAGGCUACCAGUCGCCUUCCUAUUCCUCAGGCCAAAGUCGCCGGAGCCAUCAUUGGGGCCCUCACAGGGAUGAUCCGCAGCUGCGACGAAGCCAUGGACAUCUGCUGCGACAACUACCACCUUAUAGACCUUUUGCUGCCUGCGCUGAAGGAGGAAGCUGCCGACCCUGUCAUCCUCGCUGCCAGCUGCACCGGGGUGCGGGUAAUACUUGAAAACCCUCGUCAGCGAGCCGAGCUCCUUCAGUACGUAACUGAAGAAAUGCGGGGGUUUGAGGGGCUGCUGCAAUAUUUGGGGGGGACCCGAUACACCGCAAUGUGUGACAGAGCGGAGUUGGCUCUAAGGAAUAUUAACCAGCUGCCGUAUGUGCCGGAGCGCGUGCCGUUGAACCGCCUGACGAAUAUUUACGCGUGUCGGGUGUUGGCGUCGAUUUGCAAUUUUCUUGCCUUUUACCUCGCAGAGGAGACAGAUCAAAUGGUUCAGGGUAUUGCUGAGGAGCUGUUUGCUGCGCAUCGCGAGAAAGCUAUUGUAGAUGUGCUGGAAGUAAAAAACGAAGAAGUUCUUGUUGCUGCUGUCGAGUGUCUUAACAGCAUACCGCUCCGCUAUAUCACCAAGGAGACAGUAGCUUUGCUGCUCAAACUCUCUGUAGUAAAGCUGCUGACUCGGCUGGCCCUUUGGGAGUCUCCUCAAGUGCAUGCAGUGUUGUGGGGUAUGCAUGCGGCGGAGACAGUUAAUGCAGUCUUUGAUGUUAUUUACCGCAACCUAUCGACACUGAGAACGCCUGCAAGAAAAGCAGUGAUUGAAAAUAUGCAUGCACUUAACCGGGUGUCUGUACACUUCCUCCUCGCCGCCUCUCGCGUCUCUUCUGUCAGAGACACCAUGAGGCUGAAGGGAGUGGUGUCUCUGUUUGGGCCAGUGCUUGAGGCUGAGCAGCAGGUGGAUGUACACCCGGAUGGGUUUGAUGUUGUCGUUGAAAGGACGUGGACAGGGAGAGAUGUAAAUGUGCUGCUUACUUCUUUGUCGGGGACACACAAACUUAACCCCAAAAAGAAGGAAGCCUUUCGAAUUGUCUGCAGACUCGCUGAUAUUAUUCAAGGGUGGCCGGAUACACCCGACGCAGCAAAAGAUCUCAGCCUCAGGGCGCUGUGCAGCCGCGAGGGGGAGAUGUGGGACGACGAUGCUGCACUGAGGAGACACCUGGAGAUGGAUGACAGAGAAGAGUCGGAGAGAGCGCCUCAGCAGACAGAUUUUGUUCGUCUCUGCAUUGCAGAGCGUUUGUCUCUCUUGCUGACUCCGCUGUGCAGCCACAGCACCACCCAACGUUAUGCGAGACAGCGAGCGAUGAAGCAGCACGCGGAGUAUUGGGCGGGGCGUCUUAAGGCGGACAUCGAAGACGCUGAGGAGGAGAUAGCGAAGGCAAGCAAACUUGCAGAAGAAGAAGCAGCAGCAGAGGAGGAGGAGGAGACAGCAGUACUGCAGCAGCCGCAGCAGCGCAGCGACUUGUUGAGGGCAAUUGCACAAUCAAAACCGCGAAGUUGGCGGGAGAGGGUUCAGAACAGAAGCCGGCCUCACCAUCAGCAAACAACAAACGCACAAGCAAAGAAAAAGAAAAAACAAAAAGACUCUUUAGAAGAACUGCAAGAUGAUCCGGUGUAUGCGGACCUCUACGGCAAACCCGAAGAAGGAAAAACAGGAGCAUAA